ACUGAGUCACGGAACUUUUUAAUUUUUUUUGGCAAUAAUGGGAGCAUCAUCUUCGACGGAACAACCUGUAUCGGCGGAGCAGCGAGAGUUGGAAAGCCUCGCGGCUUCCACGGGAGCUCUUCCAUUGCUUCAAAAAUAUUUCUCAAAACUCUCCGAUCCUCAAACAAGCACAAUAUCCAUCCAAAUUCUUCAGCAAUGUUUUCAUAUACGUUACGAGAACCCAGUUUCCGAAUCACAACAAAAGCCGGAGUCUUUUCCCAGCUUGUUGGAUCACUUAGGAUCAUCAAUAGUAGACUUGUUUUUCAUGCCUGAAAAAGGUGGCAUAAACUGGAUAGGGUUUCUAAGAGGUUAUGUCAAGUGUUGUGGGAGAAUGUCUACAUCGAUGUCUCUUAACAUUUUGUUGAGGAUAUUUGCUAUGGCAGUGAAGAAAUCGGGACUUUCUUCGAAUUUGGAGUUCGAAUUGGAAGAUGCUGAUUGCAAGAUCAGUGGGUCUUUACUGCCCUCUGAUUUGCUUCUGCUUCUUUGGAUGUGUUGGGCUAUGUUGUGGAAUGUCAGGACCUCGAAAUCUUCUGAAAGGAAAGGGAAACUGUUGUUGCCUGAUAUUGAUCAUUUGGUGUUGCCUGAUAUUGAUCAUUUGGUGUUGCCUGCUGUCCUUUCAUGUGGUGAAGUCAAUAGCAGCUUCGAUGUGUGGGAUUGUGAUAUACUGAGCUUGGAUGUUCAGCUUCCUGUAGGAAAGUUUCUUAGUUGGGCGGUGUCAACGGCACCAACACUUUCGGACUGUUUUACACAAUUCGUCAUUGGAAGACUACAAAUCUCAGUUAUUGCAGAGGACGAAGCAGGACCUUCAGAAUCAAUUUCAGGAGAUAUUUCUUCAAAGGCAUCUCAAGCUUUACUUUUAACACGCGGAAGGGCAUGGGCAGUUUCCUUGGGAUCUAGAAGCACUGUUAGUGAAGAAAUUUUGAAGUUAUGCUUCUCUGCUGAUAUUGAUGUAACAGAUGAAAAUCUUCUGUAUCGGUCAUCUUCUCAUGGAAAAGGCUUGAACAGAUUCUGGUCAAAUGUCGAAGGUUAUCAUGGUCCAUUACUUAUUCUGAUUUCUGCUAAUUCAGAAGACGCCAACCAGGAUAAUAACAAAAGCAGGAAAUGGAUCGUAGGAGCACUUACACAGCAGGGUUUUGAAAAUAAGGAUACAUUCUAUGGGAGCUCCGGGGACCUAUAUGCUAUAAGUCCAAUCUUCCAUGUUUUUUCACCUUCAGGGAAAGAGAAGAACUUCGUAUACAGUCAUUUGCACCCUACAGGAAGAGUUUAUGAAGCACAUCCAAAGCCUGUGGGAAUUGCAUUUGGAGGAACUACUACAAAUGAGAGGAUGUUUAUGGACGAAGAUUUUGCAAAGCUGAUUGUUCGCCAUCAUGCAAUGGAUAAAACUUACCAGCAUGGUCCCCUUAUCCCGAAUCAGGGAUUCCUACCAGUGGAAGCUUCGAUAUCAGAAGUCGAAGUUUGGGGUCUUGGUGGUAAGAAUGCAAAGGAAGUCCAGAAUUCAUACAAGAAGAGAGAAGAACUCUUCACUGAGCAAAGACGAAAGGUUGACUUGAAAAAAUUUGCUAAUUGGGAAGAUUCACCUGAGAAGAUGAUGAUGGACAUGAUGGGUGAUCCCAACCGAGUACAGAGAGAAGAUCGCUGAGCAACUGAACUCAAAAGGAAACCAUCAUCUUACACUACAAUAUUAUUAUUUUAAUAAUAUAGAGCAGGUCACUAUUCAUGGAGAUCAUUUGUAGCUAUUUGAGAGGGAGAGUUUCUUUGUUCUGUUGUACAUUGGCUGUAUAAAUUUGAAGGAACUUAAGUUUUAACU